GUUUUUGAGACACAGCCGCUAACUUCCUCUUGGACAGUACAGCGCGAGAGUCUUACCGAAGCGCAUCACUGAUGGAGGAGCCGGCGUGAAGCGACCUCAACAUUUCUACAUCUCGAUCAACUAGCGAGAUUUUGUGAAUAAAGAAAUAUUCUUUUCGUCUGGAUUGCGUCUUAAGUGGCCUCAACAUGGGCUGUGUGGGGACCAAACCGGAGCAGGAUCCUAUUGGCAAAUCGAUGGGCAACAGUGACAGCUCCAACCAAACAGCACAUUACACCAAAGACCCCACGGCAGGGUCCAAAGCUAACAGAAGCCUCUCCAACCCUACUUCUGGGCCAGACACUUCAGAGAACAUUGCCAUAGCUCUGUAUGAUUAUGAAGCUAUGCAUGAAGGUGACCUGGGCUUCAAGAAAGGAGACAGACUCAGAAUCCUUCAGGAGUCAGGUGAAUGGUGGAAAGCAGCAUCUCUCAGCACUAGUCAGGAGGGCUUCAUCCCUAGCAACUAUGUUGCCAAGGAUACUCUGGAAACUGAAGAGUGGUUUUUUAAAGGUGUCAGCAGAAAGGAUGCAGAGAGACAGCUACUGGCAUCUGGAAACAAAAUAGGAUCUUUUAUGAUCAGAGACAGUGAGACCACCCAGGGAAGCUACUCUCUAUCUGUCAGAGACUGCGACCGAACAGGAGACACUGUGAAGCAUUAUAAGAUCCGCACACUGGAUAAUGGCGGUUUCUAUAUUUCCCCACGUAUCACCUUCAACACCCUGCAGGAUCUGGUCAGCCACUACAAGAAGCAAAGCGAUGGCUUGUGCCAAUCUCUCACUAGUCCCUGUUUGAGUCCCAAACCUCAGAAACCUUGGGAGAAAGAUGCCUGGGAGAUCCCACGUGAGUCCCUCAAACUGGACAAACGUCUGGGAGCAGGCCAGUUUGGAGAGGUCUGGAUGGCAACAUACAACAAGCACACAAAAGUGGCAGUGAAGACUAUGAAGCCUGGCACUAUGUCUGUUGAAGCUUUCCUAAUGGAGGCCAACCUAAUGAAAACCCUCCAGCACGACAAACUGGUCCGUCUCAACGCUGUGGUCACCAAAGAGGAGCCCAUAUACAUCAUUACAGAGUUUAUGGAGAAAGGCAGUUUACUGGACUUCAUUAAAAGCGAUGAAGGGAAUCGUGUCCAGUUGCCCAAACUGAUUGACUUCUCAGCACAGGUGAGGUGGUUUGAAGGUCUCAUUUGUUCAGUUAAUGUGCUUUUCUCCUACAUAUUGAGUCACAUGUUCCCGUGA